AUGUUGGAAGCGCGGCGAGCAGGAGCGGCGGGGGCGGACAUGCAGGAGAUGCUGGAGCUCUGUGCAGCAUAUCCCCCGAGCAUGGUGGAAGAGCUCUUGAUGAUGCUGCAGAGAGGCGGGAGCGAGGAGGAUCUGGAUGCGUUGGGAUUGAGAAUGAAAGAGAGCAAGGGAAAGGGCGUGUUACGCGUGUAUCAAGCUCUCCUAGAGUGUGCUGGGGGUGUACAAGGAGCCAUGGUAUCUGCCCUGCGCGAGCCCUCUUCUUUAACAUCCUCUCCUUGGCGUGAGAAGUUCCUCCGACGAAAGAACGAUCCAAGCAAGAUGUCGUGGACUGGGUUGACAUGUGAAAGCGUUGUUCAGAACCGCUCCUCUCCCCGCCCGACUAUUGAGCAGAGCUCGGAGAGCAGUGUUUCAAACACGCCGCCUGCCUCAAAGCAACCGAGCAUGCCCUUGGGACGCGAGUCUCUCACGCUUGGGCAGAAGGAAGGGAAGGCCAGCACUCCAUACAAGACUCCCACAUCCAACAACAGAGCCAGCUCUGCUCACAAGAACUUACCUGCCAACGUCUCACCUGCCAACCUCCCACCUGCUAUCGUCUCGCCUGCGAACGUCUCGCCUGCCAACCUCCCACCUGCGAUCGUCUCGCCUGCCAACGUCUCACCUGCGAACGUCUCACCUGCCAACGUGUCACAUGCCAACAUGUCACCUUCAGGCGUGUCAUCUGUUGGCGUCUCAGCACUUCCUACGGUGAAACUGUCGACAGGUCCUACAAGGGUGACAGCGACGGUAGAGGCAAAGCAAGAAGGGAGGAAUGGCAGCGACAUCUCUUCCUUGCCAUCGAGAACAGGGCAGCCUGCUAAGAUAUCAGCACUAUCCUCAUUCCUGAACUCACCUGAAAUGCAAAAUAGUAGGCAGAAGCCUUCAACCCCCAAGGCUGCUGACGAGGCGUGUAAAGAAGUUACGGGAGAUGUACAGGGAGAUCAACCAAUUGCUGAGCAACAGGGCGAGCAGCCGGCUGAGAGCCCUACGGCAGUCCAUGAAGAAACCUGCACAGAAAGCCCUUUAGAUUGGGAGCGUCUCUUCAACCUAAUUUCUGACUCCAAAGAAACUAUCAGCAGAGAUCAGUUUCUUGCUUUCCUCAAGGACAAGGGAAGGGAGAUCUUGGGGAUUGACGACGACGACGAGGAGAUGAUAGAGGCCUUGUUCAACGACAUGACGAACGACGCCUUCAAGGCAUCAGAUCAAAUCUCUCGCGCUGACUUCUUCAAGGUCUUCGAGGUCACAGAGCACCAACAGACAGGCUCAUACAGCAAAUCCCCUCAGGCGAAGAAGAAGAGGAGAUCCAGAGAGUUUCCUGGGCAGGGUUACGUCUGUCAGCAUUGUGGGAAGGAAGGUGGAAAGAAGGACUCUCACUGGCAUCAGAAUUGUCCAGUCCUCCUGCAGAGUCAAAACCCUGAGCACUUGAAGCGACUGAAGGGCAAGGUUGAAAAGAGCCAGCAAGGAGAGGGGAGGGAGCUGGCGUUCAUCAAGAUGGAGUCUAGCCCAGGGGUAGCUGACGUCUAUGUUCCUAAGAGCAUCUUCAUCGGCCAUGAUCUUGAGGAUUGGAAGAGAGUCCGCAAGGGAUCCGUGAUGGAAGUUAUGGCCCACCACAUGGUACGCGGGUCCAACAGGUGGCGAGCAGCGACUUUCUUGAACUUGUGUACGGAGGAAGGCCAGUCGCCUGCAAACAGGCCAUCGGCAGACAACAGAAACAGUUCUCCUCAAGUCAUGCAGUCGAGCUUGAAGCCGGUGAACGUGCGCGCGGCGUUUGUGCAGAACAAGAGGAAGCGAUCUUCGAGGGGGAACGACGACGACCUGAUAGAGUCGAGAGUGAUCAACGACAGGACAGGGAGGAACGAAAUCGCUAAGAUCAAAGAGGUACAUGCCAGUCAAGAGAAGAAGCAUAAGACCCUCGCUAAAGACAUUGCGACUGAAGGCAACGCUCCUCCCCGACCGCAGGCCCCAGCAGCCAUCAGCGCUCACGGGGAGGAGAGCAGGAGGUUGGAAGACGGCCCGACUUCGGAACAAAGGCAGAAUCAGGACGACACGGACAGUGAAGAUGAACCAACCCUGAGCAUCGACGAGGACGAGGAUGAGGACGAGGACGAAGUGGAGAAGGAGAAAGCGCCAACAAACGACGGGAAUGGGAAAUCGGAUGGAAAGGAGGAGAGACAUAGUCAGAGAUUGAACUCUCCGAAUGGUUCGAAUAUGAAGAGGAGCGGGAAAGACAAGAGGCAGGGGACCAAGGACAGGCAUACCUCUUCACGGGCGGGAAAGAGGAAGAAGAUCGAUGCUGACUGCACGUUCUGGCUGAAAGGAUGUUGCAACAAGGGGGACGCCUGCCCUUUCUCGCACCAGGCUGAACCUCCAAUGAUCGUCUGCAAGUUUCUCCUGCGGGGAGACUGCUCAAGAGGAGAUGCCUGCUCCUUCUCGCACGACCUUUCUCGCAUCCCUUGCAAGUUCUUCCACGUCGGUGGCAACUGCAGCAAGGGGGCUGCAUGCCCCUUCGGCCAUGCGGCGCUGACGGAGGAUCAGAGGGAAUGGGUGGAGAGGGAAUGGAAAGUGAACUCAAAGGAGAUGAAGGAGCUGCUGGCUAAGGCAUUACGAACUGAGCAGGAGGCGAAGGCUCGGGUAGAGGCGGGAGAAGAAGUGCACGUGGAGGACGUGAGUGGGAGGGGGCCGGCAAUGAUCUGGGGGGAGGACGACGUUUGGCUGGGCAUCCCCAUCACCACCGGGACAGCAGGACUGCAGCAGGAUCAAGAAAUGUAG